GCCAAUCAGCGCCUUUGUUGUUGUUGUUCCCAGAGUCCCAGACGGUCUGUCCCUUCACCAUGAAAAUACACAUCACUUUGUGAGCUCAUGAUGCAUAAUGGACACAGAUGGGCAGCAGGGAAACAGAAAUGGCCAACCUGGCCAUACACACAUUAACCAGCAUGUACACGAGAUCAGCCAUGUGAAUGAAGUUAACAGUGGUCCCUCUUCGCUAAUCAACUGCAGUUCUCAAGAAAAUAAGGAAUAUUGCCUCAGUCCCGUUCAGUUGAAAGAUAACGAUGAUGAUGUCUGUGAGGAGCCGUGUGCCAGUAGGGUAUGGAAGGCUGAAACACUAAAUAAUACAACCAAAGAUGAAGUUAGGCACGAAGAAGGGGAGGGGGAGGAGGAGGAGGAGGAAGACUUUGAAGUUGUGUCAGAGAUAUCCUUCUUGAAAGAUGCGUCUUGUACUUCCUCACCGUCACGAAAUUUUAAAAGCUCCUAUGCUAAAUCACUGGCUGAUUCUUAUAGGCGUGCAAGUUUACCUGUGGUUGUGUCUGGAUCAAAAGCACAAUUUUAUUUUAAGAAUGAAGAAUUUCUUAGUUUGAAUCCUAAUCAAAAAAGGAUAUCAGAUCUUAAUCAUGAUAAGUUUAUUAGUUUAAAUUCAAGUAACGGUAAAACUACUGCACCUCGUAGAUCAGAACCAGUGUCACUUCCAGCAAUAUUAGACAUUGCACACGAGCCACGAGAGAAGGAGUUCGAAGGUGUUACUCCAAUAAACAUUUAUCAUCAACUGUUGGUGGAUGGAGAGUUAUUCAUUCCAUAUGAUCGGCUUCGUAGUGUGUGUGAAGAAAAUGGUGGAAGUUUUUCUCUUCAAGAUUGGCACAAUUUUGGCUCGAUAAUUACAAGUAAUGGCAGUAAGCUCAUAAAGCUCUCGGACUUGAAAACAAAGUGGAAUAAAGAGAGUCUGGAUGUAUUGCCGCCAAAUGGUCAUAAAACUAAAAAUGGUUCUGAUAAAGAUACACAGGUGGAGAGUCUGUUGGUGGAGCGUGAGCAGUCCGAGGGGCGUAUAGGGCAUCUAUGUGAAGUACUAGCCGACCGGGAUGCCACCAUUCAGCGCUUGGAGGAGGAUUUACUCCGUAUCAGAAUGGAGUGUCAACGUCUUAUAGUGGACAACCGAAGUUUGAAGAGUAAUUUCAAUAAUUCGGGAGCACAAUCUGGUGGAGGUGAUUCGGCUACUGAGGUGUCCAAAUUGCAACAGCAAGUGCAGUUACUUACAGCACAACUUAACAAGGCUGAACGUAGUCGUCACACGUACGAGGCUGCAACACGGCAGCUAGUGGACUUCCUGCACACAGUGAAUUCUACCUUGAAUAUGACUUCUAACCAUAGUACAAGUUCAAGCCCAACUGCUACAAGCCCCAGUAACAACUUGUACUCAGUCAACAGCCCUGCAGCCAGUCUGCCUACAGUUGCACCAACAACUGUGCCUCCAUAUAGGUUGGCUGGCUCAAAAACUCCAUCGCCAGACUUGAUACCAAGUUCUUCUUCUCACACGUUUGGACCAGUUAGAAGAAACUCUGAUGCUGUUCGAAAAUCAGGAAGUGUGUGGGCACUUCCAACCCAGUCAGGAAACCCUCGAAGAGUGAGCCGUGCUCUCAGUACUUACUGCGUGGCAUCCACGGCUGCUGGAACCAGCCGUAGUAACUCGGUAUCUUCAACAAGCAAUGACAGAGGACGUGCACUCACCUCAGAAUUCUUGGCAACACGGGCUAAGGAACUCAUUGCCAACCUCAAGUCACUUAUGAGAAGUGAUAGUGUCUUGAAACUGAACUUAGAACCAAAGAAACCAGGCUCAUCGGUGAACAGAGGCAGCAGCACGAGCAAGAGUAUGAAGAAUGAAGAAAGUUCUGCUGCGGCUCUGUCGGAUACAAACCGUAAUAACAAAGCAGUUUUCUAUCGGGAUCUUACUGAUGACCAGAACAGCGGGAAUGGAGAAGCCUGGCAUCUUGAGGAUGAUUCUCCGAGGGACAGAGACCAAAGUAUUUUAUUGUCAGGCAAAAGUGAUGCUAGUCCAGAAGUAAACCAAAAUUUAAUUAGCGCAACUACCACUACCGUGGUUCCAAGAAUAACUGUCGGUACGGCCAGGGAGGACGUGUUACACACUCAGUCUGCCUUGCAGAUGAACAGUAACCCACAGCCACUAAGCUUAAUGGUGGUGGGUGAGUCCUCAUCAACUCGUGGUGAUCACCACUUCCCUUCCCUCCCAGACCAGAGCCGGGUAUCGCGAACUCUCAACGACUCUGAUCACCGUCUCGUGUGGGUUUAAUUCUUGCUAUGUGGAAAUGGUACAAUUUUUUAUUACUGGCACUUAAGCUUCUUGCAGUGUAUGAGAUGAUGCAUUGAGCUUUCAUGGUGAUUUGUGGUAAACAUGCUUUAUGACGGGGAACGUAAUCUCUCGCUGGAGUUCUCGUUACUUUAAUUAGUUUUUUAUAUUUUUUCUUUCUAUUUCACUCAUGAAUGGUUCAUGAGGCAUUCAUGGUUGUAUAUUUUCAGUAGUGUGAGUGCAAGUCCUGAUGGUACGUGACCCAUUUGUGGUCACACACUUCUUCAAUAGUGAGUGUGCACACGUCCUGAAAGUCCAUUUCUGGGCCAAUACAGUAGGUAAUCGAUGGCAUUAGAGCUUAUAUAACACGCUUUGAAAAUAUAAAACUUUAUUUUAAUUGAGUUUGUAUUUCCUCAUACUUUUAGUGUAAUAAAUUUUAAAGUUUAUGUAAAGGGGACAGAUUUUACCAGCAAAUGAACCAUACUUUAAGAGCAUAAUUACUUAGUUUAUUGUAUUGUAAAGUAUAAUCAUUUAUUUAUGCUGGUAAUGUUUGCUGUAGCUGAUGCAUUUAUGUAUUUAGACAUCCAACCCACACAACUGAAAGGCGAAUGAAACUGGUCCAUCUUGUCGCUCGCUGUUUCUUUUCAUAUUGGCAUCUUUGGGAAUAUUUAGCACCUUUUGAGUAUUCUUUGACACAGUGCUACAUAAUCUUCCUGACUUAGUGCCUUCUUUUGAUAAUUACUGUAAUUACUAGGUUUGUUCUGGACCAUUAUAGAGUCCAGUAUGGACCAAAACAUUGUCACUUUCUUUAUUUUCAGAUCUGUGGGUUGGGUGUCUAAUUUCCAGCCAUGUUAUUGUGACUUAAUGUCUGCACUUGAUGUACUUGUUUCAUGCAUAUAUAUAUUAGCCCUUUAGGUAAGGUCAUAUUACUUGUCUUGCGUCUUUCUGCUCUAUUGUUAUCCUGUGUGAUAUUUAGGGUCUUUUGAAGAUCCAGCGACACAGUGCUCCAUAGUCUUCUCGGCUUGGUGGCUUCUUUUGUUAAUUGGUUACGUUUCAGUAAGAAGCUGGAUUUACCAUCAAAUUAAAUUUAAAAGAGAUUUGUACUUAUCCUGGUGUAUUGGUAUACAAAUUAUACCAAGAUAGCUUCUUAUAUUGGUCUUGGUUUCAGGUUUACAUUUGAGUAGAGAAAUUUCUUAAGAUAUUGCCUACCUUUCUUAGUAUAUUUUUGUACCAACUUAAGUGCCAGAAAAGCUUGUAGGUUCAUCCUGGAAGUUGAAAGAAUAAUAUUGCCAACAAGAUAAAUAGUUUAGCUUUUUUUUUUUUUUAGGACUUGUAACUUUCUUAGUUUUUAUAAAAAAAACAUAAGUACAAUACAGUGCAACCUUGUUUAUUCGGGCAUAAAUUAUUUGAAUUCCUGCUUAGUCUGCAAGAAAUACAAUCUUAGUACAGUGCAACCUUGAUUUAGUAUACAAUAUUGAACCAACCCUGAUUUGUUACAUUCAGAGACACGCUUCAACUGAAUAAUUCACAAGAAAAAGUCAUUGCUAUGCCUGCUUCUCCUAAUGUUUCAUUUGACUACAAAAAAUUUUAAAAUAUGAUUUAGAGCCAUAUUAAAGAAGUUACCAUUUAUAAUCCAAUUAUGCCCCCUCAUUCUAUGGGCUAAUUUCAUGGAGCAAAAUUUUAAUUUGAAACUAUUAUAUUAUGAAGAACUGGCAGGAGAGCUUAUUUCCCACACCCCGGCCUUCAAACUUUGUUUAUAAAUGUAGCACGGACAGUGCCUGGUAACCGAAAACCACACCAACUCAAACUGAAAAUAAUCCAUAGAAUUUUGUUUUAAAUAUGUUUAAUGGCUUUUCCAAAGCUGCUUCUAUCAACAAAAAUCAUCACAAAAAAAGGACAAAUUGGGGGGAAGGGGGGGGGGGCUUUUGACAAACCACCAGCUUCCUCUCUUUGUCAAGGCCACUAGAGAAAUAGUGGCUCUUAAGUAAAUUCAAUUUACCAAUUAUAUUAUAAUUUUUCCUAUGCUCUAGGUGUGAAUUUCAAUAGAUCAUAUGAUGGACAACUUCUUGGAGAACCUAUCUGUAAAGAGGUUUCGCCCUCAUUGCCAGUACGUUUUAGGAUUCUACCCCAUUAAGUCUCUUAUUUUAUAUGUAGGACCAUGACCUCUUGUGUUUUUAUGUACUAUAUAUAUUCAACCCAUCUACACUCUUUUAUCCUAUUUAAAGUUAGAAACAAUUUAAUCAGGGAUUUGUGUUGUCAGAUGUAAAUACUGUAACAGAACAUUGUGUGUAACGAGUGAUGAAGAACCUAGCUCUGUUGGAGUGAGUUAGACAGUUAUGCCGACUCUACUAAAAAUGGUAAAUAUUGGCAGAAAACAAUGUUUUCAUCACCUUCAGCAUGAAAUAAACAUAUCUAAGAUGUCUCGCCUUAAAACAAUAGAAGGUAGAACUAUUGUGCUUUUAACAUUUUAAAUCCACAAAUGAUGUGUUAAAAGUUAUGGGGUAUUAAAAUACCAACUUGCUAGCAAGGAAGGCACCCGCCAAACACACACCGAAACUACGAAGUUGAUACAACGUUCGAACAAAUUUUAACACCUAACCAGUUAUACGAACCUAUAUAGCAAGUUGUAACAACGUUCUAAUACGUCAUAAACACGUUAAGCCAAGAUGUAACAACUUUAUUACAAGUUGUAACAGCGGAAAAUAGAAACAGUUUCGGUUUGUGUUUCCAGGGCAUUGUGAGAGGUGAGCAGCAACAUGUAGGUGACCUCACACUGCUCACUAUUUUUUAUCUUUGUUCUUCAUCAUAAACAGUGUAAUAUAUUAAGUAUAGGUAAACAGUUUUGUAAUGUAAUAGCUUUAAAUCACAUACGAAAUUUGCAUCAGGUAAUGUGUGUGUGUUGUCACUUUCACAGGCAAGACAUAUUUUGGGCGUUACCAACAGCUAGAUAAUGUUUACAUUGUUCUGUGGAACAAAUAUAUUGACGUUUAUACCAUCCUAAACAAUGUGAAAGAUGACAGAAACAAACUGAUUAUUAACAUGGGAAUUGUAACACAUACAUUUUACAUAUAUGGAAAUUUUUGGCUAUAUGUCCACAUGGAAGAAUUGUGGAAAGAGAGAUUGCGAUGGACAACGACGCCUCACUGUCACUGCCAAUUACAUCCACCCUUACCUCCAACCUCUUUUGAUUCGUACAUAAUCAACCCAUCUAUACUAUUUUACCAUAAAAAUUUGAAAUAUUAGUUAUGGUUUUGUAAUGCUUUUUAUUAACAUAAAAAAAUUGCAUAUGAUAACUGUUGGUUGUUAUCUCGAAAAGCUAUGUAAUAUUUACAUCAUUCUCUGUACCAAAUAAACAUAUCUAUCCUUUCCUAAAUAACGUGUAAAGUGAGGGAAAUGUAAUAUGUACAGUAUUAAUGUGAGAAAUGUGCAUGAAACUCCCUCACCGCAAGCCUUACUAAGCCCCUCUCGUUUAACUAAAUAUUUUGAUACAUUGUCUUGCACAUAUUACACACAUUAGUCCAGAUAAACAAGGUUGUACUUUACAGACAUGUUGUAAUUGUAAUACACAAAAUUAGUAUGCUGUUCUCAUUACGUUUUGCACUGUGCAGUGCUGAUAUUGUUCUGCAGUGAAGCCUGCAACUCUUAAUCACUUUUAGCCAUAUUUAUAUGAGCAACAUAUAUUAAAUCACUGUAGCUAGAGUAGCUUAGUUUCUGAAUAUAUUAUAAGUCAUUAGUAGGACAACCCAUCCUCCUGUUUAGAUAGUACCUAUGAUGACUGUCGUCAAUAGUCACAAAUUCGUACGUACUUAGCUUUUAGAUACAGUAGUAGUAUGCUGACUAGUAAGGAAUUCUUUGAAAAUAUAUGAAGCUAAAAAAAAAACUGAAAUAUUCCUAGGCCUAAUAUAGCGCACAUGUACUAUAUUAGGCCUCAGAUAUUGUGUAUUAGGCCUAGGAAGGUUAGGUUAGUUUAGUUUGUUAAAGCAACACAAGUAAAAAAUUGUUUUCUGGUUUGUCUAACUCAAUAGUUUAGAAUUCUAAUUUCUAAUUUCGUUGUACGUCGGUAUAUAUACUGUGGUCCUCAUCAUUACUAUAAGUACUACCAAAGCAGGAGGAUGGGGCUGAAUAAGAAUUGGUUGAAUUAGCAAGUCAAGAUCUGAUUUUAUUGUCUAUUGUACUAUGUGAAAUUAAUUAUGGAACUGCUUGAAUGGGUGCGGUAAAACUCUAUCCCAAGUAAGAUUGGAGUAUGGGAAAAUGUUUGAGAAACACGGUGGGAGCAAAGUCUUGCGUCUGGCCUUCCCACACCACGAGAACUACCAACACGGUCCCACCAUAUUGCUCCAUAGUUUAUCGUUGAUAUAUCAUGCUAUUGUGAUUUCACUUAGCUUAUAGUAUGUGCUUUAUUUGUCGUGCUCAUCUGACCCAGUUCCUGUCACAACACCAAAGAUCGAUAUAUUGUAGGCAUCUGGUGCAGUUUUAAAUAGUCAGGCCUUAAGAGGCAUUUAUUAACUUAAGAAAUAACCAUAAUUCCAAUGAUCUGUUCAAGAAAUGUUUGUAAGGUGCUACGUAUCAGUCACGUAAUGGUCAUUUUUGGGUUUUGUAUAAAUUCAUCAAACGUCUUGUACAUUGCAGUUGUGUGCAUCAUUAAGAAAGUAAUAAGGAAGUAUAAAAAGAGUAAUAAGGAUGUAUAAGAGGUCAAAUUAUCCAUGUUGCUAUAUGUUAGAAGUACUAUUGACGUUACAGCAUACGUAAUGUUUGCAACAUAUCAAGCUUUAAUUGGUUUUCUGCAGGGUACUGUGAAGCAGGUACAGUAUAUAAUACGUAUUCAAGUUUUCUGUGGUGAAAUUAACAGAGCCUUUGUACAUGCUAACAUUUAAUAUAGGUAUUUUAUUUGAUCAAUUUAUAUGUACAUACAAUUGCCAUCAUAUGUUCCUUAGUCGAAUUCAGGGGGUGGAGUUUCUAAUAUAGGCAUGUUACCCUAACUUAACAAGUUGUACAUGUAUUUCCAUCAUGUCCUACACUCGGGAAAUUGUUGAGUUUGUCAUAUUCAAAAGAUUUGUAAAGUUUUUGUAUGGAACUUGUUCUUUCAUAAUGUUUUUGUAUGGAAAAUGUUUUUUAAUGUUUAAUAAACAUUACAUGUAAGUGUUCUUAA